UCCCCCCCCUCAUCUGACAGCCGCUCUGCAGGACUCCGGAGUCAGACUCUACCCGCGCGCCAUGAGUCCAGCGCGAGCGCACGUCCAGCCGUGACGCACCGAGUCUGCGCGCAGACAAGGGCCCCAAAUCUGGACACCUCCCGCAAGAGUUCACGCCAGCUUUCCCCGAGCGUCUUUCUGGAGGAUUUGAUCUUCGGGGGGUUAUUUCUGCGUCCAGACCGACAUGGAGUUCACGGCGUCCCCCAAACCGCAGCUGUCCUCGCGGGCGAACGCCUUCUCCAUCGCCGCGCUGAUGUCCAGCGGGAAGCCCAACAAGGACAAGGAGGCGGAGGAGAACACCAUCAGACCGCUCGAGCAGUUUGUGGAGAAAUCCUCCUGCAACCCGCAGCCUCUGGCCGACCUGUCCACCCUGGACGCGCACGGCGACUUCAGCGGGAGCGCGCCCGCGGUGUGCACGGAGCCGCUCAUCCCCACCAACCCCGGCCUCCCCAGCGAGGAGAUGGCCAAGAUCUCCUGCAGCCUGGAGACCAAGGAGCUGUGGGACAAGUUCCACGAGCUGGGGACGGAGAUGAUCAUCACCAAGUCUGGACGGAGAAUGUUUCCAACCAUCCGGGUCUCCUUCUCCGGGGUGGACCAGGACUCUAAGUACAUCGUCUUGAUGGAUAUCGUCCCGGUGGACAACAAGCGGUACCGGUACGCCUACCACCGCUCCUCGUGGCUGGUCGCAGGGAAAGCCGACCCGCCUCUGCCCGCAAGGUUGUACGUGCAUCCGGACUCGCCGUUCACCGGGGAGCAGCUGAAGAAGCAGAUGGUGUCGUUUGAGAAAGUCAAGCUCACCAACAACGAACUGGACCAGCACGGACACAUCAUCCUCAACUCCAUGCACAAGUACCAGCCGCGGGUCCACAUCAUCAAGAAGAAGGACCACACCGCCUCGCUGCUCAAUCUAAAGUCCGAAGAGUUUCGCACCUUCGUCUUUGUGGAGACGGUCUUCACCGCCGUCACGGCGUACCAGAACCAGCUGAUCACCAAACUGAAGAUCGACAGCAACCCUUUCGCCAAAGGCUUCCGGGACUCGUCUCGGCUGACCGACAUGGAGAGCAGGGAAAGUGUUGAGAAUCUGAUCCACAAGCACUCGUACGCCCGCUCGCCCAUCCGGACCUACGGCGGCGACGAGGAGAGCCUCGGCGAGGACGGACACUCCGCCCACAGCAGAGGCUCCGCCUUCACCGCCUCGGAUAACCUCUCGCUGAGCUCCUGGGUCACCACCACCUCCGGCUUCUCGGGCUUCCAGCACCCCCAGUCUCUGUCCGCCAUGGGCACCGGCGCCGCCUCCCUCCCCCACCCCAUCCAGGGAUCCCUGCCCCCCUACAGUCGCCUGGGCAUGCCGCUGGCGCCCGGCGCGCUGGCGGGGACCAUGCAGGGCAGCGGGCCGUCCUUCCCCGCCUUCCACAUGCCACGCUACCACCAUUACUUCCAGCAGGGGCCUUACGCCGCCAUCCAGGGACUGCGCCACUCUUCCACGGUCAUGACCCCCUUUGUAUGACUGUGAGGAGAGGCUCUGCCCAUCGCUCAGUUUUGUGUAAAUAGUUUCUCCGCAGCGAGUGACGGCGCGGCCGACGAGACGGGGGGGAAAGACUCGACCUCGGUACAAACUGUGAAACUGAGCGCCUAGCAUGUUAAGAACACACCCCUCUCCCCCCUGCAGACGGGAAGCGGUUGCUACCGGCAACAGCGUCUGGUGGCGUGUGAUCCAUCACAGGGACGCCCCUCUGCAGGCGGAGCUCCGGCCGCGUGGGAAGCGUUCACAUGUACAGAAACACGGAGGUUUAAUCCCGGCUAUGCUCACAGUAGACUGACGUAAUCCCAUAGGACGCAUGCUGACACACCUUUACCUCAACAGGAAGGACUUUUACUUUGAAGAGCCACUCACGCCACAAGUUUCAUUCCACAAAAGUAGUUAUUUCAAAAUAAAGGCAGAUGAAACUCUGACUAUUUAUGAAGCAACACGCCGGUCUGCAGCCUCACAGCAGCUGAGGCUGCAGCUGCGCAGCUCCAUCCGUCUGCAGAUGAGAGAGUCUCAUUCGGGUGGGAUCCAGGUGGGCCGGCGAACCGACCCGCUCCUUCGCCGUCAACAGGACGUCCGCGAGGAUUCGAGGCCGCCACGUUCCACCCUCACACACGCACAGAGGAGACAUCAGAACUGAGGUCGUGACCUCCAUCGUUCACACAGAAACAAUGGAGACUCUGCUCAGCUUUCAGUUCGGUUCUGACCCGUUUCUCUGAACCGUGCUCACAGAAACUCUGCAUCCAGGAGGAGGAGCUGCAUCCUCUGGAGUCACAGUGUUGAUGUGCCGUGGAGCCGAUGGGCGUGUCUGGAUCUUCCUUUUGUCAUGUCUCGGUUCAAACACACACGUUGUGCUUUGAGGGUUUUUAAGUGCAAUAUAUUUAUUUUGCUCUCUGGAAACAUUGCGCUGUAACACUACGCGGCAUUUAAGACGUUAUUUGUAAACCGUGAGAAGUAUAUAUAAAAAUAUCACCACCGAA